AUGCGUGAGUGCAUCUCCAUCCACGUUGGCCAGGCUGGUGUCCAAAUUGGCAAUGCCUGCUGGGAGCUCUACUGUCUGGAGCACGGUAUCCAGCCUGAUGGCCAGAUGCCAAGUGACAAGACCAUUGGGGGAGGAGAUGACUCCUUCAACACCUUCUUCAGUGAGAUUGGUGCUGGCAAGCAUGUGCCCAGGGCGGUGUUUGUAGACCUGGAACCCACAGUUAUUGAUGAAGUUCGCACUGGCACCUACCGCCAGCUUUUCCACCCUGAGCAGCUCAUCACAGGCAAGGAAGAUGCUGCCAAUAAUUAUGCCCGUGGGCACUACACCAUCGGCAAAGAGAUCAUUGACCUCGUCUUGGACCGAAUAAGAAAACUGGCUGGCCAGUGCACAGGUCUCCAGGGCUUCUUCGUUUUCCACAGCUUUGAUUUGUUUUCCCUGCGGAUCAAAUUCCCCGGAUACUACCUCGGCCGUGUGCUUCCUGCCGCGUGGACUCAGCGGCCGCGGGUGGGAGUGCGCGGUGGGCGCGCGGUGGAGCUGGUGGUCGGAAGGCGAGGGGACAGGACCCGUAAGUCCACCUCACCACCUCGCCCUUCGAGCACCCCUUCGGGAGAGUCAUUUAUAAAGAAACAUAUCCGAAGUUCUGACCGCAGGGACAGCAGUGGCGUCCUUUUCUCCAGUGGACAACUCAAGCAGACCAGCCAGGAGAAAAUGCGCCUUAAAAAUCAAUUAGGGGGCUGCGGACUGAUGGAAUAUGGCUCACUGCGGUGCAGACAUUCUUGUGAAGGAUUGGAUGAGUUUUUCUCUUGGGCUCUUCUCGACCCGGGACGCAGCUCGCAGGUGGGAAUCGGGGAGACGCGCGGGGCUUGGCGGGGCCGCAGCUGCGCUGACUCGGUGCCCGCGCCGGUCGCGGCGGGUGCGUGUCUUACGGUCACAGGAGGCUUGUUCUGGGGUAGCUGGAGGCGAUGGAGAUGGCGCCACCCUCCAGGCACCGCCGCUCAGCUCACUCAGUCCCUAACUAACGCUUCCUCGGCGCGGGUGGCCUACUCUGCGACCACUUCCUCCCUAAAACCGACCAAAAGAAUGAAUUCGACCCAACGCCGUGCCACAGCCUCCCUGGGCCCUCCCCAGGCCGAAGCUCCGCCUCGAAGACGCGAACUCACACCCCCACACCACCGACACCCACACUCUUCCUCGAGUCGUCGUCUCACCGAGGGGGACCUUGGGCAGGCUCGGCUAGCUGCCCGAGCCUCCCCCUGUGUGCCCCGAGCGGCCCCCAGGAGUCAUGUGCCUCUUCCUGGGUUCAAGUUCUGGGGGCGCCGCUCCCCAGACCACCUCCUGGCGGGGCCCUGCGGCUCUGCAGUUGCUUCUCCAGGACUCGCUGGCGUGGGGCGGCAAACUCUUGCAGUUCAUUCGGGAGCGCUCACCUACACCGGGGAAUCUCAUCCGGAGUCAGCUCCUCCUCAAAUGCGAGCCUUAAAUCCGGGGAAAGUCUUCCAAACGCACCGGGAGCUGCCGGGUGUAGUUAAAAAGUCGUCUAGGGUUUCAGCUGUUUGGCGGAGCUGCCGCCGCCUCCAGGCCACCAGCCCCAGGCAGGCAAGCACCGCGGUGACCGCGCGCCACCGGCAAAGUUUACGCCUCUCCUCCACUGGCUCCCCUCAACCUCCUCUACCUGCUCCCUAG